CGAGCUAUUUGGCUGGGCGAAUCGGCAAUGCGGGUAGACCCAGCCAAGCUCGACCAUCUCGUCAACUUCAAAUUCUUUGCCGACUAUCACCGCUCGCAGUACCGCCAGGAGAAUGGCGGCCGCGAAAUGGACGAGGACGAGCUGUCCAAGCGAUAUAGCAUAUACAAGGAGAACUUUACACACAAGCAGCUCUCGACCUUCUUUGAGAAACAUCGCGACGAGGAAUGGUUCCGAGAAAAGUACCAUCCGGUCGACUCGCUUCCGCUGAAGAAGGAGAUCAACACGCGGAAACGGGAGCUUUAUGAGAAAUAUGUGGCCCUGCUGGAGGCCGGAACUCUCGAUACCAUCAACUACGACGAGAUCAUCAAGGAGGGCGACGACCCCAAGGAGGACAAGGCUGGCGAGGAGGCCGACGAGGCCGCUGGAGAUGAGGACAAGAGGGAUGAGGACAAGAGGGACGAGUCCCCGGUACCGACCAAGCCGACUCCAUCGGUGCAAACCUACCCGUCGAUUCGCGAUAAGGCGCCAUCGCUGUUAAUCAAAACAGUGCCGCCGUCGAUCAAGCGCUCGUCGCUCGUUGAGGCGUGCUCAGAAGUACCCGGCUUCCAAUACAUCGCUCUCGGCGAGCCCAAUCCGCUGAGAAAGUUCCACCGAAUCGGAUGGGUGAUCUUCAAGGACGGCACCGACAUUGAGGCGGCCUUCGAGAAGCUCAGCGGCCUGAGGAUCGACGAGUUCACCUUCCAUUUCGCCACCAACCAAACUAGCAGCAUUCGAAUCAAGGCCGGACCGCUCGAGCUGGGCACACUGGAGCGCCUCAAGCACGAUCUCACCCAAGCCAAGCGGCUGGCCGAGGCUCUGGACACUGAAGUGGAAUUUGAAGCGGGCGUGGCUGGCAGUGCUGUUGUCGAGAAGCGGCUUGAGACGGUUCUGAACGACCAGCUUUCAGAAGAAGCCAAGAUCAAAAAAUCCCUUGAUCUCUACAUCGAAUACCUCCGCCGGGUGCAUCUGUUCGACUACUACUCUGGCUUCGAAACCGACUCGCCCGAGGAUUUCUGUCGCCGGUCUGUUCUCUCUUACCGCAAGACACCGGCCUCGGUCGAGGCGCGCCAGAACCAGAACAAGACGGGUGCCCCCAGCCGGCCCGAAAACGUCCCGCAGAUCCUCGAGAAGAUUGACCAACGCAUCCAGUUGCGCAUCACCAAGCCAGAAGACGGCACCCAGGUCGAGAAGCUUGGCGGCAAGUCGAUCGAGAGCGCGAUCGACAAGGUGGCCGAUGAGUACAUCAUGAAGGUCGACGAGGGCAAAUAUCGGUGCCGGGAAUGCCAGAAGCUGUUCAAGGGCGAUGAGUUUGUGCGCAAACACAUCAAGGGCAAGCAUCCGCAGCUGACCGAGAAGCCCCGCCUCGAGACGCUCUUCUUCAAUGCCUACAUCCGCGACCCCAACAAGGUGCAAUCCAACAGCCCAGCGCCGGGAAUCAUGUCGGUCUAUCACGGCGGACAGGGCCCGAUGGUUGCUGCCGGGAGUGGAGCACUGACCGGCAUGGGGGUCUCGGAUAUGAUGGGGCACAUGGGCGGCGCCUAUCCGAUGGCGAUGGGAAUGAUACCGAUGAUGGGCGUGAUUCCCAUCGGCAUGGGAUCCAUGAUGGGACCUGGCGGUGGCAUGCCGCCCAUGGGCCCACCGCAUGGCGGAUUCAACGGCAGCCCGAGCGGAUAUCGUGGCGACCGACGAAGCGGCUCAAUGGGAGGAGCUGGCGGCUUUGGAGGCUCUCCCCAGGGCCCUCGACGAGAACCGCCGCCGAACCGAAGAGCCGACCCGCGCAAGAUCCGCAGCUAUGUCGACCUCGAUGCUCCUGCAGAGGGCGAGGUUGAGAUCAACUACGACUGAGCCAUGGGGCAGCGAGCACAAUAAAGCAAAGCCUGGAUUCACCCACGUCUCGGGCCGAUCGCAGAAUCGCCCUGGUACUGCCACC